GUUCGUCUUGGUGGCGGUAGUCGUUGGCGCGGCGGCGAGUGUCCUGGUUAGGGAGAAAUUCCUUUAACAUCUCAGCGUGAAUCUUUGUUCAAUGCAUGAAGACGAGUAAUCCCACUGCAGCAGCGGCCGCGUCGCGUCGGCCAUCCUCGAGCCCGCUUUCUCCUUCUCCGGGGAGAUCAAUCCCGGCGCCGAUCUCGACCACGUUCUUCGCCCUCCUCCCUCGUUGGUGCUCACCACCCCCUGGCUAUUGCCGAUCGCCUCGGGUUCUGCCAUCGGUGCUCAAUCGGGCUGCCACUUGUUGGGUCGUCACCCGUCUUGUGCCGCACGUGUCUCCUGCUCCGAUCUCAUCAGGUUCCACGAAUGGCAUUAUUGGUGCGCAUAUGUUGAUGUAUGGCAGGGAAGCUUCUGAUAGGCCCAUGACCGGCAGGAAACUGGCAGAUGAGGGGAUGCAUGGCUGUCGGCGGGGAUCAAUGGAUGCCAAAGCCACACCUCCUCCCACCUUUGCUGCUGUUGUUGCUGGGGACCACAGAGGUCCCAAGAUUCUUGCCCCCAGCAAAUUCAAGGGGGAUGACCCCAAGAUUGAUGUGGGGGACUGGACCGCUGGAACCUGGGCCUAUCUGAAGGGGUUCCAGUGUCCAGAGCAACAAAUGGUGGCCACUGUUGUGGGCCUGCUGGAGGGGCCUGCCCAGAAAUGGGCUACCUCUACAGCAAGUGCCCAGAGCCAGUCUUUGGAGGAUUGGGCAUUGGCAUUGGGGGCUGACAAACUUCUGCAGGCCCUGGAGGACAGGUUUGCAGACAAGGAACGUGCCCGUAAGGCUGCUGACAAGAUCGUACGCCUUGGACAGCAGCGUUACAGCGGCAGUCUGCAGGCCCUUUUCGCUGAAUUUGAGCAGCUCACCUCCACCCCUGGAUUGGUUAUGUCUGCUGAUGAUCUGCUGACUAGCUUUUGCAGGGCUGCGCCUGAGAAGUUCUCAGUCGCUUUGUAUAGCGCCGGGCACAAAGACUGGCGCUCAUUUGGACGUGCAGCACUGGACAUGGAGGCCAAGCUCCAUGUUCAGGCCCCCUCCAGUGACAAGAGGAAAGGCGCCUUCCCUCGCGGUGGUAGAAAGGGAAAGGCGGCCUUUGCUUAUGCGGGUUCUGGAUCAUCAUCUGAUCCCGGCCUGGCCUUGACUCGUGCACUUGUUCUGAAGUUGCAUGACCCCACUCUGCCAUUUGUUCUCACCACUGGCGCCAGUCAGUAUGGCAUUGGGGCAGUCCUUCAGCAGGAUGAUGGUAAUGGUCUGAGACCUGUAGAGUUCAUGAGUAAGAAGAUUAAGACUCACAAGUUGCAGGACUCUGCCUACGAGAAAGAGCUUUAUGCUCUUGUCAGUGCCCUGAAACAUUGGAAGCACUUUCUCCUCGGCAGGCACUUCAAGAUCUUUUCUGAUCAUUCCACCCUGCAGUGGUUGAAGUCCCAGGGAGAGUUGAAUGAUAAACUGGCACGCUACAUCCAGUUCAUUGAUCUGUUUGACUUUGAACUGAAGCAUAAGAAGGGCUGCUACAACAAGGUAGCAGACGCCCUCUCUCGUAGGCCUGACUCCUUUGCGUUGAUCUCCUCUACUCACUCCUUUGGAGAGGACGUCUGUCAGACCAUCGCUCGUUUGCUGCCUCAGGAUCCGACUUAUGGACCCAUCGUCAGGAAUCUGCGAGCAGAUCCUAAUUCUGAACCUAGCUAUGCCCUGAGUUCAGAUCUGCUGUAUACUUACAGCAGAGGAGAGGAGCGCUUGUGCAUCCCUGAGGAUCAGCAGCUGAGGACACUGCUGAUGUCAGAGUGCCACGACGCGUGUGGACACUUUGGGUUCCUAAAGUCAUAUGCAGCCCUGUCGCAACGCUUCUUCUGGAAGGAGAUGCGGAGUGAUAUGCUGCGCUAUGUGGACACCUGUGAGCUCUGCCAAAGGAACAAGGUUCAACGUAAACCUCCUUUGGGAUUUUGCUCAAACCUUUGCCCAUACCUGAUGGUCGUGCCCAGUCAGUGUCUAUUGAUUUCACAGACUUAGGCAAGACUACCCCUCGUGGCAUGUGUCAGGUCAUGGUCUGCGUGGACAGGUUCUCCAAAUACGUAAAGUUCAUCCCCUUGCCAG